AGAAUGUGACUGGAACACAGCGGUAAUAAUUGUAACCAGUAAACACAUUAAGAAGCAUUGGUUUUGAAACUGUUUUCAUGAAGUUUCAGUGGACUGUUGACUUUCUUCUGAAUGUGAAGUAUCCACAAAGAGCAAAGAAGCAGUGUGUGAUACCUUUCACCGACCCCACGUCUACUACUCCCGCCAGUACAUCCCUGUCCAGAUAGAUCCGGACGACGCAUGGCUUCUUCUACUAUUAUCCUACUCCUGACCCCAGGGAUUCUUUUAUGCCUCGCUAACUGCAGCUGCCUCCCUCUCUCGUUCAUCCAUUAUUAAAUAUACAAACCGUGGGACAUUCUAGUUACCAUCCGUUUCACGCGUCGCAUUCAUUUUUGACGCUGUCCCGCCGAAGUCUCGCGUUGUAAAACGAGAUCAGUGGCACACCCGGUUAGCAGGAGCCGAAUUCUUUUGAAAGCCAGAGUCAGUCAGCGGCACAGCAAUAAUGGAAUGAAAAUCGUAUUCAAAACCAGCUCAGAACAGUAUUUUUUUCUUAAUGUGCUGUGUAUGAAUGUGUUUCGUGGAAACUCAAAAGCACGAUGCUGUAAAGGCAUUUUAACACGGUUAAGGCGCUGACAGGUCAGGACUUCAUUCCGUCGCCGCGUUUCACCGGCUUCUAAGUAGAUAUCGUUGAAAACGCAAGAUAGACUGGCUACCUGAGUGGAGGGACAAUGCUGGGAUGACUCUUUCCGACUUCGGUGAACUCCGCGGAUGUGCUCGUGGCGAAAAAGUUGGAUUUGGGAUUUAAACGACAGCCAUUCACUUCAGCUCUCAGAGCCGGUGUUAAUGGAGGGACAUGUGACGUGUUAGUCUGGGCUCGAGAUAUAACGGUGGAAGUGGUCUCUCUCUCUCUGAUCUCUCUCAGUCUGACCAGGCGAUCAGGCUGUUCAUUGGUGCCAGACACUCAUGAUACACCAGAAGGGCUCGUUGAUGCCCUCUUUGCUCACUGAUGUAUUCUGCCAGUGCCGGUCUGCAGGGCUCGACCCAGGCGACGGAGGCGGGCCAGCCGGGGACUACUCAGCCUCCUCUCCCUCAUCCACGCAGCCGGCGGCGGCUGACGGGCACUCGGACCCCUGCCAUUCGGCGCACCCAUGUGACUUAUGUGGAGGACCAGAACAGGAGCACAGACUGAAAGUGCUGUUCCAGGUCCUGGAUGUAAACGGUGAUGGAGGGAUCUGCAUCAACGACCUGACGAUCGGACUGAGGAAAUUAGGAGUGCAUCGCACUGAACAUGAGCUCAUGAAAAUAGUAAAAGCAGGAGACAAAGACCUGGACGGACAGUUAGACUUUGAGGAGUUUGUUCAUUAUCUCCGAGACCACGAGAAGAAACUUCGACUGGUCUUCAAGAGCCUGGACAAAAAAAAUGAUGGGCGAAUCGACUCACAAGAAAUCAUGCAGUCUCUGCGUGACUUGGGAGUGAACAUCUCUGAGGAACAGGCUGAAAAGAUCCUCAAAAGCAUGGAUAAGAAUGGCACAAUGACAAUUGACUGGAACGAGUGGCGGGAUUACCACCUCCUGCAUCCAGCAGACAACAUUCCUGAGAUCAUCCUUUAUUGGAAGCACUCCACGAUCUUAGACGUAGGGGAAAGUCUGGUGGUACCUGAUGAAUUCACAGCAGAGGAGAAGAAAACAGGAAUGUGGUGGAGACACCUUGUGGCCGGAGGAGGAGCGGGCGCUGUGUCUCGAACCUGCACAGCACCGCUGGACAGGCUCAAAGUACUCAUGCAGGUUCAUUCCUCCAAGAGCAACAGCAUGCGCAUCGGUGGUGGUUUUGCACAGAUGAUCCGUGAGGGCGGUGUGAGGUCACUGUGGCGAGGGAAUGGCAUCAAUGUCAUCAAAAUUGCUCCUGAGUCUGCUAUUAAGUUCAUGGCCUACGAGCAGAUUAAACGAUUAAUUGGAAGUAACCAGGAGACACUGGGCAUCGGGGAGAGACUGGUGGCAGGCUCUCUGGCUGGAGCAAUUGCUCAGAGCAGCAUCUACCCUAUGGAAGUCCUGAAGACGCGGUUAGCCCUGAGGAAGACUGGUCAGUAUUCUGGCAUUGUGGAUUGUGCCAAACAUAUCUUCCAUAGGGAGGGCGUGGCUGCUUUCUACAAGGGCUACGUCCCCAACAUGCUGGGCAUCAUCCCAUACGCUGGCAUCGACCUGGCUGUCUAUGAGACUCUGAAAAAUUCCUGGCUACAGCGCUUUGCCGUAGACAGUGCUGAUCCAGGAGUAUUUGUGCUACUGGCUUGCGGCACCACUUCAAGCACAUGUGGCCAGUUGGCCAGCUACCCACUCGCCUUGGUCAGGACUCGGAUGCAGGCACAAGCUACCGUUGAAGGAGGCCCUCAGAUGAGCAUGUUGGGCCUGUUCAGGCACAUUGUAAGGACUGAGGGCGCCAUGGGACUCUACCGAGGCCUGGCCCCCAACUUCAUGAAGGUCAUUCCGUCUGUCAGCAUCAGCUAUGUGGUCUACGAGCACCUCAAGAUCACGCUGGGAGUCCAGUCAAAGUGAAAGAGGAGGCACAUAGAAGAAAUCAGAAGGCCAAGGUUUUGUUUUGUUUUUCUAUAAUGAUCACUUUUGUGGGGUUCUAAGAAACAAUCAGCUAAAAUUAUACACAUUUCAGCCAAAUCAUCAGCUUGCAAGGGAGAAAGGAUGAAUGUGAAUUAGGAGGAAUGAUAACUUUCGAGUAGAAGGAAGGUUUGAUUGAAGCAAUGCACAUUAAUUAGUUCUUAUUUGAAGUAUUCAUUUAGUGAUCCAGCAGUGCUUUAACAGUGCUGCCAGUCUCCAUUUAGGAGGAUGUUAAAUUUUUGGUGAAGCCGUACCAUGUGCCUGUUGAUGAAAGAGGCCCAAUCCUACUGGUGUGUGUGUAAAAGGAAAAAAAAAAGAUGUCUUGAAGGACCUUAGCAAGGGUCCAUGUAUCUUAUGGUACUUAUAUUUUCCUUGUAGAAAUGGGUAUUUGAAAAAAAAAAAAGAAAGAAAAGAACAAAAGACAGGAAUGAACAAACAAGUUUUGAGCAGCUGUUGAAAUUUCAAAUACAGUUUCAUUUCAAGUACAGGACAAAUGUUACAGUGAUAUUACAUCCAGAAAUUUACCCCAAAUCCCACCAAAGACUGCUUUCAGAUUUCAAACUAUGGGAGGGUUUUACCUUCCACUAUUUGCUAUUAAUCAACAGAACCAAGCAUGUUCAUUAAUGAAUGGAAGGAAAGCAAACUGAUUGAGUCCAUCAUAAUGAACCAAAACCAAGUUUCAACCACAAUUAUGACAUAGUUAAGCUAUGAGUAGUUUAUGAAAUUACUCCUGGAAUUAAUACUUCUUGGAAAGUUUUGCACAAAUCGUAUUUGUCUAAGAAGUAUAAAUGACAUCCUCAUAGUGUCUUCUCGUGGUGCUGCAGAGUUAUUUCUCAUCAUUGGAAAGCUUAUUGUGAUUAAUUAUGUUGGGCUCGAUCAGCAGACUUUACAAUGCUGCCAAUAAUGAAUGUGAAAGUAUCCCUGUCACUUCCAUCAGCUCCUCAGAGCUUCUUUAUUGCUUUCAACUGACUUUUCUUUUGAAAAAGAAAGACAUGUUGUAUUUCAGAACAGAAAUCAAAUAACCACAUUUCUGUUUUUAUUUACCCGUUUCUGAAAGGAAAAUCAAAACACCAAAACAUACUGUAUAUGGAACACUAAGGCAUAUCUUUUCCCUCUUACACAGACUAUAGAUCAUAUUACCUGUGCAUGUUUAUGCUUACAUGCAUCUUAAUGUAGAUUUAUACGUGAUUCACAAUUUUGCACUGUGUAUCAAGCUGAGCUCCAGUCAAAGUAGACCCAAUUAAACCAUGAAAUGAAGGUAUAUACAUUCAUCCUGUAGACAGAGAGCCAUUGUUGUGUCACCAUUUAUCCUUACCUCUGUUUCCAGGUCUGUAGAUUCUUUCUGAAAACACUGGCUUACAGUAGAUUGAUCUUCACAUAAAAAUGAAAUAUUAAAUUAUCAAACACAACAUAAUCACAAUUCUUAUACAGGUUAAAAAGUUUGCAAUGUUAUUGCAAUGUUAUUUCUUCUCAUAAAUCAUUCUCCCCAGAGGAUCAACUUUCCACAUGUCCUCCUUAGGCCACAGUAAAAUUUCAUUAGGUCAAUAAAUUUCACCAGAAUAUGACACCGCAUCCAAAGUUGAUCAACCCUGUCAUCCCUCAGUACAUUAACUUUACAUGUCUAUACACUAUUUGUGUGGAGAAAAAAGGAUUAAAGAAAUAAUAAUAAUAUAUAAAAAUUAUUAUUGAACCAUGGUACUACAAUACUUUUAUGUAAAGCAGCAGCACAUCACCUAAUAGCCUGUGUGUGAUCAUUGAUCACAUUUAAAAUGCCAUCAGUAUGAUUUAAGUCUAUAAUACAUGCAUACAGGCAUUUCUAAACCUUAACAAAUUAAAUUUGUACAAAAAUAGACCUGACCUAUAAAGAUGUUGGAGCAGAUCCUAGGAAUGAGUCGGCUCUUCUGCUGUGAAGGAACAAAGUGACUCUUUUCCCUAAUUGCAGAAAUUCCAAAUUGGCCAACGCACCAUUUCACCAUGUUACAUUUUUUUUUCUUAAUAAUGUCAAGGGUAACAUGUAUGCGGUUGGUCAAAUAGAAAAUAUCUUAUCCAAAGACCAGAAGCCAGAGAUGAGAAGCUUAAAAAAUAGGUUUUUCACACUCAUUUACACUGGCUUAUCAUCUUCAAACAUCACUCUCAUCUGGUUUUGAUCCUUUUCAAAGCUAACCUUCUGAAGUUUCCACAGUUCUACAUUUACUCCUGUUCUCCUAAAGCUGUACAGAAACUUCAACUUCAAUCCUCCUCAACUCCUAAACUACAUCAGUUAUAUCUUUUAAAACAGUUUCUUUUCGUGCUUGAUUGGUAUUAGACUGUCUGUCAAGGGUCUGCAGACAUUUCACCAGCUUGUUGAUUAAAGACAUUUUCCAUCCUUGUGUAAACGCUCCUUAAAGUCACGUGGCACGACGCCCAAGCAGAGUCAACACUCCCAACCUGGCGGAGGACGCCUGUGUCAGAUGAUCAUAGAUUCCCACAAGUGCCUUUUGUGCCGAGCCUCUGUCGCAUAAAAGCACCUGAACACUAGAAGAGGUGGAGUCUAAUGGACAUUGAAUGCACUUUAAGGUAUACUGCUUUAAUCACUUAUUUAUUUAUUUAUUACUGGAUUUAUUUAUUUAUUUUUGCAAAAAAAAAAAAAAAAAAGGAUUCAUGACUGAAUUUAUGAAUGAAUAAUUCCAUUUUGAGGUUGAUUUCACUGCUUGGUCCUGCUACCAAACUGAGGCUCGUGGUUUGUUUUGGAGUGAAAAGCGGCUUAAUACUCAGUUUACCAGUCAAACGUAUGGAGCCCCAGAGUGUAUCAAAUAUUAAAUAAAUAACUAUUAGGAAAUUAAUGUCAUGCAAUUCAGUUAUAUAAAAGUUACAAUUGAAAAAAAAAAUUGUAGCCUGUUUAAAAUAAGGCCACAAAUUCAUUUUAGUUCCAAGGCCACAUACGGCCCAAUCUGAUCUCAGACAGACUGAACUAAAAUAAUGACUUAUUAAUAAUGACAGCUCCACAUGUUUCAUUAUGAAACAGACUAUCCUUUCUACACAAAAUUUUUAGUUUUUCAAAUCACAACUAGAACAGCGCAGGACCAAAAUAGGUUUAAAAUGACUAUUCCUUAUAGCUUUUAUUUGUUUAAUGUUGGACCUCAGGGGCACCAUACGGACACCUAUAGGAUCACAAUCAAUUCACAUCAGUUUGCUGUGGUGAAAAAAUUAAGUAAGGAGCGAUACAAUCCUAAUAGGAUCUCAUCAUAGUGAAUAAAGUUUAUUUUGUGGAAAGUACUGUAAUACAAGGAAGGAUGCAUACAUUAAGGUCCAGCCGCUGCGCUGUAGAAACCAAUGUGUUGUACAAUCUCUGCUAGCUUGCAGUCCAGCUCGUUGGACUGUGUGCUUGUGACCUUCAGAACCCCAGGCUGCUUCUUUGAGCUGCCUUACUCCAGCACCCCGUCUGCUUUGAAAUCACACAGUGUCUUUGUGGUGGGGGCGGAGCAGAGAUGAACCGUUACAUUUGUUCAUAUGAGUGUUAAUCAUCAGUCAUUUAUUUAGCAGCAGAUGUCUCAGUCAAUCUUUCGUUCUUCCUCCUUCUUAAUUCCUGGCACAGGUGUGUUUGUGACUCCUCACUCAGAUAUCAUAUAUUGUGCAUUAAAAGGUGAAAUGGAGUGAAUUCUAUCACUCUGCGGCUGUGUAUAAAUGUUUUCCAUAUUUUGUCCAGUGACAGGUAACGCUCUAGUGUCUUAACAGUAGCCACUCUGUGUUGUACUUAACAGCAUCCAGUUAGUGAGAUGACUUAUAGGACUUGCACAGGAACUACUACUUAACUAAAAGCUACGAUGUACAGUAAAUUGUAAAUGUUGGUAUAGUUUACAAAAGGUAUUUACUAUAUUUUAUGCUAGCUGUAAAUGACUAAAUGAAGAUGCAGGAAUGAAUAUGUGAUUACUCAUGCAGUAACUGUUUGCUUGUAGAUGCAUCCAUUGAAAGAAUGUCACGUUGAAAAACUGAUUUACGCUUGUAUGAGAACAGCUGUUGAAUAAACUAGUUCAAAACUUA